CCGCCGCCUCGGCUCCCUCGGCCACCGCCGGCCACUCCACCCGUCGCCGUCGAGCCCAGUCAAGAUGGUGGUCGCCGUGGCGAAUGCCGCCGCCGCCGCCGCCCCCACCGCCGUCACGGCCGCCGACGCCGAUUCCCCUGCAUCCGUCCUGGAGGACGAGAAAAUGUCCGGGGCCAAGGACGAGGGAAACGCCGGCGAUUCGAAGCGCCAGGCCACUGAAGAUCAGUCACUGAACUCCGUCAGAGAGGGGAAGUCUGAUGAGUUCCAGGACGGCGUCGCGGGUUUGGUAACGGAGGUGAUGGCCAAGGAGGAAGAGGAGCUGUACCAGGCCCGGCUCAAGGCAGAUGAAGAGGAGGCCAGGAAGAGGGAAGAUCGGAAGGCUUUUGAUCCGAAUGAGCGGUUCAGCAAGUUGGACGAGCUGCUGACAAAGACACAGCUCUUUUCUGAAUUCCUGCUUGAGAGGAUGGAGCAGAUCACAGAUAAAGCUGUUGAAGUUAAAGAUGAAGAUGAACCUGUGGAAGAGCAGAAGAAAGGGCGCGGCAGAAAGAGGAAAGCAAAGGCUAAGCCAAAGUACAACGAUAAGAAGGCUAAGACAGCAGUCGCAGCCAUGCUUACAAGAUCGCGUGAAGACCGUACUGCUGAUGAUAGUACUCUCACUGAAGAAGAAAGGUGGGAGAAAGAGCAAGCCAAUCUUGUUCCAUUAUUGACUGGAGGAAAGUUGAAAUCUUACCAGAUAAAGGGCAUUAAGUGGUUAAUAUCGCUGUGGCAAAACGGCCUAAAUGGAAUACUAGCUGAUCAAAUGGGCCUCGGGAAAACAAUCCAGACAAUUGGAUUUCUUGCCCAUCUCAAAGGAAAUGGUAUGGACGGUCCGUACAUGGUUAUUGCUCCCCUUUCUACUCUGUCAAACUGGUUAAAUGAGUUAUCAAGAUUUGCUCCAUCUCUGAUUGGUCUGAUUUAUCAUGGAGAUAAAGUGGCUCGGGCAGAGCUAAGGAGGAAAUUCAUGCCCAAAAAAGUUGGCCCUAAUUUUCCGAUAAUAAUCACUUCAUUUGAGAUGGCCAUGUUUGAUGCAAAACUUCUUGCUAAUUACCAGUGGAAGUAUGUUGUUGUCGAUGAGGGGCAUCGGUUGAAAAAUACUAAUUGUAAAUUAUUGAGGGAGCUAAGGCGCAUUCCGAUGGAGAAUAAGCUCCUUCUGACUGGGACACCUCUUCAGAAUAACCUAGCAGAGCUGUGGUCACUACUGAACUUCAUUUUGCCUGAUAUAUUUUCAUCCCAUCAGGAAUUUGAGUCAUGGUUUGAUUUUUCUGGGAAGGGAGAUGGAGAACAACAGGAAGAAACUGAUGAGAACAAAAGAGUCCUUGUUGUCUCAAAACUUCAUGCCAUUUUGCGUCCAUUCCUUCUAAGGCGGAUGAAGGAGGAUGUAGAACACAUGCUUCCACGAAAGAAAGAGAUAAUCAUUUAUGCUAACAUGACUGAACAUCAGAAACAAAUCCAGAAUCACUUGGUUGAGAGGACAUUCGACAACUACUUGCAUGAGAACACAGAUAUUGUUUUGCGGAGACCUGGCAUCAAGACGAAGCUAAAUAAUCUACUCAUUCAGCUCAGGAAAAAUUGUGGCCACCCUGAUCUUUUGGAUGCUGCAUUCGACACAAGCUACUUCUAUCCACCUGUUGAAAAGCUUCUCGAACAAUGUGGCAAAUUUCAGCUGUUGGAUAGGUUACUGGAUGCUCUACUCAAACGAAAUCACAAGGUCCUUAUAUUUUCGCAGUGGACAAAAGUUUUGGACAUCCUUGACUAUUAUUUGGAUACAAAAGGCCUGAAGGUUUGCCGAAUUGAUGGUAAUGUUAAGCUGGAAGAUAGGAGGAAGCAGAUAGCGGAGUUUAAUGACUUGAACAGUGGUCUGAACGUCUUCAUUCUAAGCACGCGUGCUGGUGGGCUUGGUAUCAACCUUACUUCUGCUGAUACUUGCAUCCUGUAUGACAGUGACUGGAACCCUCAGAUGGAUUUACAGGCUAUGGAUCGAUGCCACCGCAUUGGUCAAACAAAACCGGUUCAUGUUUAUCGGCUGGCAACAUCGAAUUCUGUUGAGGUAUGUCUAGGGGAUGAUCUUCAGACUCUUACUUGGCUAAUUUUUGUGGCAUCAGGGCUCAUCUCCUCAUUGUCACAGGGUCGGAUUAUCAAGAGAGCUUUUGGAAAGCUUAAGCUAGAGCAUGUGGUGAUUGGGAAGGGACAGUUUCAACAAGAUGCCGCCAAGCCUAAUGCCUUAGAUGAGGCGGAGCUGCUGGCGCUGCUGAGAGAUGAGCAGGGCGAGGAAGACAGGUUGAUCCAGACGGAUAUCAGUGACGAGGACCUUCUGAAGGUGAUGGACCGGAGCGACCUGACCGGCCCUGCUGCGGCUGCCAGUGCCGCCCCUCUUGUCCCUCUGAAAGGGCCUGGCUGGGAGGUGGUGCUGGCCUCGAAGAGCGGUGGCGGCAUGCUCUCGGCGCUCACCAGCUGAGCCGUCGAUGGUGACUCCUCGCUGUUUUGAUGAUUGGGCUUGUUGGCCGCCUAAUGGUCGGCAGCGGUUCAAGCUACGUUUUGGUGGGUUGUGUUCUAAGGUUAUGCUUGUGCCUUCUUCCAAGCUAGCUAGGCAACCUAAGGAAGAUUUUAGAUCUUUCAGGUUUUGGUGUAGGACUGCCGAUCUUUAUUAGUACAUGCAGACGCAUGUGGAGAUCGUGUGAUGGCGAUGAAAUGCAGUUGCUCCUGCUGUGUUGUGCACGUUGUGCUUCGUUGCAAGAAUCUGGAGAGAAUGCAGGUUAACUAUUUUAAUCGUGUUGUCUUUUA